AUGAUUGAAGCGGGUUUCGAUCUCGAACUGGAUCCUCGCAAUCAAGCUUGUGAUGUCACUACAAUCACGUCUGAUGGCGUUCAUACGUCCCAUCUACCUGAUAACCAAGAUCCCUUCGCGUGUAUGAGGGGCGGUGCUCCAAGCAAACUUGAUCCAAUCGCUGACGGACCACCAAGUACCAUUGGUGGGCUUUCAACAAAAGAGCAGAAUCACGAUGACAUCAUUUCUGAAGCAAGCCCCGCAGGGCCAGAUUAUCGACCCUCCCACAACGGAGACCCAGCUUCACGACAUCAAGUUGCUACAAUUGACGACUUUUCCAUUGGAAUUGAAGGUGGAAUGCCAUAUUUGCGACCGUCAAAGACAGUAAAAGAGAAAUUUGAUCAAGAACAAAAACGUCUCAACGAUGAACUAGAUCAACAAUUAAAAGCAAAGGGUUGGAUGGACCCAGACGUGGCCAAGACUUGUAACAAAAUUGCACAACAGAAAUUUGAUCAAGAAAAAAGACGUCUAUGGGAGGAACUUGAUCAACAAUUGCACGAAAAUGGUUUGGAAGAGGGUUUAAUGGACCCAGAUGUGGCUUUGAAAUACAACCAAAUUGCGAUGCACCUUGUUGACGAAGGAAAACUUGAAGAAGCCAUGGAAGUUUUCGAACAUAGGUUGAAUAUUGAAAAGAAAAUCUUUCGAUGUGAUGAUCAUCCGGAAAUGGCAUCUACAUUUCAUAAUAUAGGGUUUGUCUUGAGCAGUCAAGGCAAGUACAAGGACGCAAUGGAGCAAUACCAAAGGGCGCUUGAGAUCAAAUUGAAGGCACUUGGACCGGACCAUUUCUCGACGGCAAUAACAUAUCACAGCAUUGGAAACCUCUUACACAAGCAAGGCAAGUACGAGGACGCAAUGGAGCAAUACCAAAGGGCGCUUGAGAUCAAAUUGAAGGCACUUGGACCGGACCAUUCCUCGACGGCAUCAACAUAUCAAGAGAUUGGAAUGGUCUUGUUUGAUCAAGGCAAGUACGAUGAUGCAAUGGAGCAAUACCAAAGGGUGCUUGAGAUCGAAUUGAAGGCACUUGGACCGGACCAUUCCUCGACGGCAUCAACAUAUGAAGAGAUUGGAAACGUCUUGUAUUAUCAAGGCAAGUACGAGGAGGCAAUGGAGCAAUACCAAAGGGCGCUUGAGAUCCAAUUGAAGGCACUUGGACCAGACCAUUCCAAGACGGCAAGAACAUAUCACGAGAUUGGAAACGUCUUAAAUGAUCAAGGCAAGUACGAGGACGCAAUGGAGCAAUACCAAAGGGCGCUUGAGAUCCAAUUGAAGGCACUUGGACCGGACCAUUCCAAUACGGCAGCAACAUAUCACUGUAUUGGAAAAUUCUUGAGAGAUCAAGGCAAGUACGAGGAAGCAAUGGAGCAAUACCAAAGGGCGCUUGAGAUCAAAUUGAAGGCACUUGGACCGGACCAUUCCAAUACGGCAGUAACGUACUACUGCAUUGGAAACGUUCUGGAAUAUCAAGGCAAAUACGAGGACGCAAUGGAACAAUAUCAAAAGACACUUGCAAUUGAUUUGAAGGCACUUGGACCCAGCCACACCAACAUUGGUCUAACAUAUCAAACGAUUGGAGACGUUCUUCAGCAUCAAGGGAAACAUGACGAAGCAAGGGAACAAUUCCAACAAGCUCUUGCUAUUUUGCACAAUACCCUUGGAAAAAAUCAUUGGAGAGUUGCCAUGCUCUACAAUUCCAUGGCCAAAGACUCGGCGCAGAGAGGUGACCAAGACUCCGCUAUGGAUCUUUUGAAGAAGGCGGUCGAGACCAUGUUGGAGAAUGCACGAGAGGACCACCCAAAUCUUGCCAAGAUCUACAUCACCAUGGCUGACGUAUUAUUGGAGACUCGGCCAUCACAGCUUGAGGAAGCAGUGGAGUAUUAUGACAAGGCUCUUGCGAUUCGAGUCAAGGUCUUUGGAGAAGGGCACAAAUUUGUGAAUGAGGUUUGGCAGAAAAAGAGUGAGCUUCCAUUGUUGGGAUACUCAUGA